AUGGGUGGAACGGGUGGCCCGCAUACCGGUCGACUGUGUGUCAUAGAGUUGGGUGGAACCAUCGGCGACAUCGAGGGUAUGCCGUUCGUGGAGGCGUUCCGACAGUUCGCCCGAAAGGUGGGUGCGUCCAAUUUCUGCAACGUUCACGUGAGUCUUGUGCCACAACCCAAGACCACCGGUGAGCACAAGACUAAGCCCACGCAAGUCAGCGUACGGGAGCUCAGGGGACUCGGACUCUCGCCAGAUCUGAUCAUAUGCCGGAGCGAGAAUCCGAUCACAUCAGAGGUGAAGGAGAAGAUCUCGGACUUCUGUCACGUGGACCCGGAUCAGGUGGUGUGCAUUCACGACCGGUCGUCCAUAUAUCGCGUGCCACUGGCGCUCGAGGAGCAAAAGUUGGCCCUAUUUUUUGACACCCGCCUCGACCUCAACUUAGACCACAAGAUGCCGCGCCCUCUCAUGAGGAGGUGGCGCGACUUGGCCGACAGGUACGAUAAUAUGACCAAAGAGGUGAACAUCGCACUGGUAGGCAAGUAUACUAAGCUCCAGGACUCGUACGCGUCGGUUGUGAAGGCGCUCCAGCACUCAGCCCUCCAUAUUCACCAUAAGCUCAAUCUGACGUGCAUUGAGGCCGAGGCGCUCGAGCUCACGGCCAAGGAUACCGAUCCCCUCAAUCUGACGUGCAUUGAGGCCGAGGCGCUCGAGCUCACGGCCAAGGAUACCGAUCCCGUGAAGUACUACGAGGCCUGGCAGGCCCUCUGCAAAGCCGAGGGUGUGUUAGUUCCGGGAGGUUUUGGUGAUCGAGGUAUUGAGGGCAAGAUUCUGGCCAUAGAGUGGGCGCGCAUUAAUAAGAAGCCAUUCCUGGGUGUAUGUUUGGGUAUGCAGUGCGCGGCCAUCGAGUUUGCCAGACAUGUACUGCACUGGACGGACGCUAACAGUACGGAAGUGGACCCGGAGUGCCCUAAACCAGUGGUCAUUGACAUGCCUGAGCAUCACGGGGGAGACCUGGGCGGCACUAUGAGGGUAGGCAAGCGUACGACCAUUUUCAACGUGAACUACCCGUCCGUUUUGCGGCAACUGUACGGCAACGCGACGUCAUUGGAGGAGCGACACAGACAUCGAUACGAAGUGAACCCGGAGUUUGUGAGCGCUUUCAAUGAGGCCGGCAUGCGAUUCGUGGGUCAGGACACGGAGGGCACCCGCAUGGAAGUGAUGGAACUCGUAGAGCACCCGUACUUUGUGGGCGUGCAAUACCAUCCUGAGUACCUGAGUCGACCCCUGAAGCCUAGCCCUCCCUAUUUGGGUCUAUUGUUGGCAUCGAGUGGUAAAUUGCAGUCCUUUUUGAACCGGGGCUGUCGUCUGUCCCCACGAGCCGGAAGCGACUUCGAGUCCAGCGAUGAGGAGUUUAGUCUCAUUAAAGCGGAAAGCCUUCAGAGGGAAAGGGUUUCUGACAAUUGA